AUGGAGGUGACAAUGACUGACGAUGAUCGUGAUGGAGGUGACGACAUCGUGAGGGGUUGUGUGAGAAUGGCCGAGAGGUGGGGAAGGGGUGGUGUUGAUGUCGUCGCUGUUGCCGUCGUCGGUAGCUGGUACGACGACGUUGAUAGGAAAAACACAAAGCUUGGACGUGAGGAGUACAGAAGCAUAGAAUAUUUUCUCCCUAUUGACAACUUAUUCAUUAAUUAUAUGCUAAGAGUCAACUAUGUCUACAUCGUUACAGAUUUAGAAGGCAAUGUGCCAAUAUGGGAGGCAAUGAUGGCUGAUCAUGAACCAGUGGUCAAGAUACUAGCAGAUAAUGGUGCCACCAUAUCAUCUGGCGAUGUGGGUCAAUUUUCAUGCACUGCCACGGAGCAAAACAACUUAGAGUUGCUCAAAAAAAUUCUUUAUCACGGAGGGGACGUAACGCUUCCAAAGAGCAAUGGAUCCACUGCUCUUCAUGUAGCAGUUUGUGAAGGAAACACCGAAAUAGUGAAAUUCCUAUUAGACCAAGGAACUAAUAUUGACAAACCAGACAUCCAUGGUUGGACCCCUAGAGACCUAGCAGACCAGCAAGGACAUGAAGAUAUAAAAACCCUUUUCCAAUCCCAUAAAGCGGUCAAAACACAAUAUUUCGUUGUCAUACCAGAACAAAAACGUGAAAAUAAGGUAUCUGGGAGAUUUACAAGUGAACCAACGAUCUAUCCCAUGUCCCGGGAUGGCUCAUCAGGCGGAGUAACUGAAUGGACAUGGAGGCAAUCCCAACCAAGGCGUAGAACCAGUAACUUUCACAAUUCCUUAUUUGGGAUUAUGUCAGCAGCCAAUGGAGGGAACAACAAUGACUUGCUUUCAUCUAUAGAUCAGACUAAAUGUGCUGAGACUGAUAGAGAUUGUCCUAUAAGAGUGACCGUUAGUUGCCUGGAAAAGGGAGAUGUUAAAGGAAAGCUUGUGCUACUUCCACAGAGUUUUCAAGAGCUACUUGAGAUUGGUGCUAAAAAAUUUUGUUUGUUGGCUAGUAAAGUUCUAACCAAGGAUGGAGCUGAAAUUGACGAUAUAGAGUUGAUUAGAGAUGGUGAUCAUCUUGUAUUUGUUAGUGCUGGUGAGAUGGGAGAACCUAAUUGCCAAAAUGGUGGGGUUUUGAGUUGAAAAUGGUGCGUGGAUGCAUCAAUAAUUUUCUCUUAGCUCUACA